GUUGCUGGCAUAGCAGAGGAAUCUUUGAAGUAGUGGUCUGUGUCAGCUGAUAACACUGGGGGUGUGAUGUUUCAGGAAAGUAAAAACAGAAGACUUCAGUACGCUCACCCACUGCUACCUUCUGUGACACUUUUAAAAUUAAUGAGCACCUUGAAAAUGAGAAGACAUCACUGUAAAUUCUUGAACCUCCUGUCCAUCACUCUCUACAUUCUGUGCUAUACUGAACUUGGACUUGGGAAUGAUGAUGAUGUUCCUGAAAACACAAUGGAAAACCAGGGCAUAUACAAUUCUCUUAAUGUUACAGAAAUUCCAGAAACCCUCAAGCCACUCCUGACAGAAGUCUACUUUAUUCAGACAGGUAUCACAAACAUCAGAGCUGGUGCCUUCAGGAACAAUUUGAAUCUUACAAAAAUCCACUUUGUCAGCAAUCCAAUAAAUUCUGUGGAUGUGAGGGCAUUCGAAGGUCUCAGCAUUAUCACUGACAUUGCCAUUUCAGGCUCUCACCUGACGUUCCUACCAGUGGGGGUAUUCAGUGACACGAAAAACCUCAAAAUCCUCAGUUUAAAAAGCAAUCAGUUACAGAGGCUGGACAAGGGACUCUUUGAUGGCCUCACUAACCUAACACAUCUUCAGCUCCACACAAACAACCUCACCCAGUUGCCUGAAGGACUCUUUGAUGACCUGGAACAUCUUACACUUCUCAGUCUGGCUAAGAACCGCAUCAGGACCAUCUCCAGAGAGCUGUUCAACAAACUUGCAAAGCUGAAGAAGUUGAGACUGUACGAGAACGAACUGGAAGACCUUCCUGAUGGACUGUUUAAGGACAUGCCAGGGCUCACUGAAAUACUUCUCCACUCCAACAGGAUAAGGGCCUUGCCUGCCCAUUCAUUCUCAUACAACAACAUGCUGGAAAAGAUACAACUGGAGAAGAAUUCACUCACUGAAUUGCCACAUGGAAUUUUCUUUCAUCUUCCCAAUUUGAAGACCCUAAUGCUACACAGCAACCAGCUUGUUCAGCUUCCCAGUGCUCUUUUUGGACAGAUGCCCAAAUUAACUGAACUUAGACUAAACCAAAAUAAUCUAAGUGCUCUUCCGCCAGGUAUCUUCAACAACUUAACAUCUCUGAAAAAACUCUUUUUGUCCAAUAAUAAACUUACAGGACUACACACUGAAAGUUUUACAGGUCUUCCUCAACUCACUGAACUUUAUUUGCAGGAAAACAACCUGAAAAGUCUAAGCAGUGAAAUCUUCAAAGGCAUUCCCAAGCUAAAGAUCCUUAAUCUGGCAAACAAUCACCUGACUACUGUUCCAGCUGAUUUAUUUAACUCCCUUUCACAGGUCAACAGAAUUUUCAUCGAGGGUAAUCCAUGGAGUUGUGAAUGUAACUUAAUUGGACUACUCACAUGGAUACAAAAUAGAAAGUUCUCCUCACCUGCAACCUGUGAAAGUCCGUUCAUCCUCCAAGGAAAUUUGCUCACCUCCAUAACUGCGGACCAAUUUAUUUAAUAGUUCUUUACAUUUAUAUAGUGCUUUUCUCAGUACUCAAAGCGCUAUCCACACAGGGAGGAACCGGGAAGCAAACCCACAAUCUUCCACAGUCUCCUUACUGCAAAGCAGCAGCACUACCACUGCACCACCUGUGAGGACAAUUUGUCCACUCACAACUCCGAUUUCUACAACCAGUUCAGUGAAGCCAACUACAGCAUCAACAAUUUAUUCCCCUGCUCAAAGUACUUUACAGAGUACAGAGUCAAUAACUCUGGCAAAAACAAGCCCAACUACACAGUCAAUCACAGCCUUCACAACUGUGCUGACUACUACACCAAUGUGGACAACGUCAACCAGCCCAGAGACCACAGAGGUGACCUCUAUCUUGACAACCCAGCCAACUACACCAAUGUGGACAACGUCAACCAGUCCAGUGACCACAGAGUUGACCUCUAUCUUGACAACCCAGCCAUCCACUACACCAAUGUGGGCAACAUCAACGAGGCCAGUGACCACAGAGCUGACCUCUAUUAUGAUAACCCAGCCAACAGCUACAUCAAAUGUGGACAGCAUCAACCAGGACAGAGACCACAGAGUUGACCACCAUAUUGACAACAGAGCCAACUGCUACACUGGUACAGACAACAUCCACAAUAGGAGAAACUACAGAGGUGUCCACCAUAUUGACAACCUUACUUACUACUCCACUAGUCACCAGAGACAACAGAGACUACAACAGUGAUGACGAUCCCACCAACCACUACACCAUUCUGGGUGAUAUCAACUAGGCCAGACACAAAAGAGGUGACCACUGUCACGACAAACUUGUUAACUACCACUCCAGUUUGGACACCAACAUCAUUCAAAACAACAGAAAUUACAACUAUUGUGGGAGCUCUACUCAAUCCUUCUGCCUGGACCACAUCAACAAGACCAGAGAUACAGUAACAGAGAUGACAACUCUCUUGACAACUAUUUUAACAACAUUUGCAACAACUAAACAAGUGUGGGCCAACCACACCAAACUGGGUCCAACAAAGUUGCCAACCAGCACUGCAACCACACAAGUAGCAAGCACCAGUACAGGGGCAAAUGCAUUUGCCAGAACUAACAAGGAUUUCACUGUCAGGCCCAAAGUUGUCUGUGAAGUCUCUCUGGUCUUUUAUAAUUUCAUGCUGUUCAUAGAAAUCUGCUGCAUGGCAGUUCUGUUGAGAUUUGUGGUUGUAGUUUAUCGUGCCUGCCAGUAUAGGAAUAAAAAGAUGGCAAGUA